CAAGUGGACUCGAAGGUCGUGCCAUUAGCUGAAGAAAUCCUCUCGGCGCAUUUUCUUGCCGGACAGGUCGUCACGUACUCGGCAAAACAUCCCCACCGCCGGCGGCGUGCUCAUUAUCUGACUUGCUGCCGUAUCGCUGCCUUGUUCAAGCUGCGAAAUUCACAGGCCGCCAUGGUUUCUGCUCUCACUGGCCCCUUUGGGAUGGCGGUGGUCCUAUUCGCCGCCUUCCUGUGCUGCGCAUCUCAGACGCCCACGAUCAAGGGUGGCUGGAGCAGAAAGAGCGUGGGUGAAGAUCCGAUAUUUGAGGAGCUGGCGCAUUACGCUAUAUCCCAACAAGUCAGCGGUCGAGAAUUCUUCGACACUGUCCUCGAGCUCCUCGAAGUUGAGACCCAGACUGUGGCAGGCACAAACUACCGAAUCAAGUUCAAGAUAGCAGAAUCAACCUGCAGGGUGACUGAAGUUUACAGCAAGGAGGCCUGCCUUCCCAAGUCUAGAACGGCGGUCAAGGGCACUUGCACUGCGCUCGUCUACGACGUGCCUUGGUUGAACGAGCGCAUGGUGCCAUCUUUAGACUGCGAAGGAACCACCACGUCAGCGUAGACCAACACGGAAUAUGCUGAAUUUAGAUGUUCUGCCAGUCCGCUCUCUUCAACACCAUCUUUGAGCGCCUAUGCCCAGCGCAGUAGAAAAUAAAGUCGCUACACCAACUGGGCAAA